GCUCUUUGUCUAAUAACAAUUUUGUUUUGAUUUUUUUAGUAAUCUAAAUAAAUCUUAUGAAUAACGUCGGGCUCAUAUCGGUUGUUUAAAAAGUCACGGGCUUCUUGGGAUGUUGGAUCACCACGAGAUAAAACUUUCACAGUGAAAUAGUGCGUUCAUUUUUUAUCAUAGAAAAUGGGUGACUUCGUGCUUAAUGUUAAUGUUGUAUGGGAACCACAUAACAUAGAAUUGGAACACACGGACAAAAAGAUUUGUAAAGUGACCUGCGUCCCAAAUCAAACGACAGCUGAAGAUGUUUGCAUCGAAGUGUCCAAGGCUCUUGGUAUUGGAACAUUGGCAAGGCAUUUGUUUGCCUUACAGGUUACAGGGAAAAAGUACUUUUUGCCCCCUUCUAAUACGUUUAAUGAGAAGUUAAGCUUGAACUUUAGGAUUAGAUUUAAGCCGGCGAAUAUACAUGGGUUGUACAAACAUGAUCCAAGAGCAUAUGAAUAUUAUUUUUACCAAGUUAGAAUUGAUUUAUUGGAGAGUAAAGUCUCAGAUAUAGUUUACGAGAAACACAAGGAUUUUUUAUUUGGUUUAGGUGUUACAGAUAUGUAUCGAGUGAUGAUAGAGAAGGAUAUUCCUAGAGAGACAGUGGAAAAGGAAUACAAAAAAUAUAUUCCAAAGGAAGUUAUUAGAAAACACCCACAUUUUUUUAUUAAAGGGCCAAUUCAUAAUACUUUAAUGGCUUUGCAAAGGGAACAGCGUAGUCCUUUGUAUAUUAAGACAGAGUAUAUUAAGAAAUUUGAGGAUAUUGCUCCAGAAUAUUUGUCAGAAACUUAUGAUGCACGCUUGGAUGAAAAUGGUUCUGUUUGUAAUAUUACUUUAAAAAUAUCACCUUAUCAUCCAACAGAACCAGGGAUAAAGUAUUCUAAUAAUUCUACAAAAGAUAAAUGGACAUUAUUGUGUGCAAUAGAAGACGUCGGUUCAAUCUCGAUAACGCAGAAUAAUAAGUUGAUGAUUUCAAGGAACACCGGGCAUCCCUUCUAUUGUAGUUUUAACUCAAGCAACGCGUUGCACUCUUUUAUUAGCGUCGUGGACGGAUACUACAGACUAAGCCAUAAAUGGACUUUUAACAUUUGUAAUAAACUGCACACGCCCUCGCUUAAAAAACUUCGCAAUUUGAGGUGUCAUGGACCGGUUGGUGGAGAAUUUGCCUAUUCAAAACUGGAAGCAAAGAGGGGCUACAAACAUGGAUGUUAUAUAAUAAGAGAGAGUGAAACAAAAUAUAAAGAAUUAUAUAUAGAUGUUUGCGUAAAAGAUGGUCAUAGUCCAAAAACUUUUAAAAUAGAACUAAUCGGCAACGAAGGAUUCGUUUUUAACGACGACAGAACAAAAUACAAAUCAAUUACUGAUCUUGAGAAAAACUACAGCAAUGCUUCUGAGAAAAUUUAUUUAAAAGAAUGCCUGCCACCUUCAGAAUACGAUCAACCUUCACAAUUAUUAUUGUGCCGGAAUGAAAAAAGUGUCAAUGCCAAGGAAUUGAGCAGUACAUCUACAUUAGAUGAUUCUAUAAAAUUCCCAAGAUGCGUAAAUUGCUUGGAUUUGAUCGUUUACAAAGGUCUAGAAUACCUGGGCAAUGCAGCACAAACAGAAUCAAACGUUCGGUGCCAAUCUUGGACAUCGAAUGUGCCCCACACAAUAAAAUCCGACGUUAAAAAUGAGUUUUUUCCUGAUGGGUCGAUGAAAAAAGCGAAAAAUUAUUGCAGGAAUCCCACGAAAAAUCCCAAUGGGCCUUGGUGUUAUACGGUGAACACCGAUUUAUUGUACGAGACAUGCGCUCUGCCUAUUUGUUCCUAUACUUAUUGUAAGCUUACGGGGCCUGGGUUGGAGUAUUCUGGAAAGGAGAAGAAGAGUAAUUCUGGUAGAAAAUGCUUAAAAUGGAACAAAAAUCGCAAAAAAGUUAAAGAAAACGACACUCUUGUAUACAUAGAAAAAUACCCCAGGGAAAAUUUUCCCGAAAAAAAUUUAGGAAACGCCAAGAAACAAUGCCGAAACCCCAGUAUGGACAUAGGCGGCCCCUGGUGUUUUACAGAAAAUUCCGAAACUGAACAAAUAGAAAAAGAAUAUUGCGACAUCCCUUUAUGUGACGAUAUGGACUGUCUAGUAUUUACCAAUGACAAUGAAAUUAAUACGCAUUACAGUGCUUUUGAUAGCAGUAUUGAUAAUAUAACAUUUAGCGUUAAACUAUGGGAUCCAGACAACUAUUUUAAGGCUACCGCUAGAUUAGUACUGUCAAAAUUACCCCUACCCCUGAGCGGAAAAGACAUCGAAAACGCAGGAGUCGGCUUUGAAAUUUAUCUGUCAAAUGACUAUUCAACGCUUGCAUUUGGCAACGCCGAUUCGGAACCGGAGAAAAUUAAAACAACGGAACUCUUACAGUCCACAAAAUACGUCACUUUCUCGAUGACGUGGCAAAAUAAUUUUGUGCAGUUGAGCAUCGAAGGCCAGAAAAAUCCUCUAUUUUUAAUGGAAUUCAAAGACAAAAAGAAUUUGUUGGGCUAUAAAAAAUUAAAGUUUGAGUAUUAUUCUAUCAGUGGCACUAAUAUUUUGUGUUCUGUCGACAGCGUGGCGCACUGGUCGUUCUACUGCGCACCGCCCGACUUUGUGGCCCCUCCUCCCGCGGUGUUGCCGGAAUGCGCACUGAGCGAGGAAGAGCUAAACUACGAAGGCACGCAAGACGUCACCGCCUCGGGGUUGCCGUGUUUGCCGUGGUCGACGAAGAAAUUACUGCCAGACCAAGUCGAGGUCGAGAUGUUCGGCGGGAAUCUUAGUGCCGUGCAGGCGGUCAAUUAUUGCAGAGAUCCCCUAAAGAUGGGACAAGGAACUUUUUGCUACGCAAAAUCAUUGAAAUCAAAAAUUCAAGUGCAGAAAGUGUUUUGUCGAAUUAGAAAAUGUAAAUCUGAGCAUUGUAAAUUGGCUGGUACAGGGAACGAUUUUAUGGGCGUCAUUACCCAAACUAGAUCGAAUAGAACUUGCGAUGUUUGGUAUCAGUCAGUAUGGGAAAACGUCGACAGAGUCAUCUAUAAUGAUACCUUGUUUCCUGAUGUUAAGCUCGGUAAUGCUAAAAAUCAUUGCAGAAAUCCUUCUAGAAAUAUUGCUGAAGAAGGUGUUCAUGGUGGCAUACAGUUUUCCCUAAAAGAAUGGAGUGCCGAUGAAUACGAUGGUCUUAGUAUCUUUGUAAGCCCCUGGCAGGGCAACGAAGAGAUAAGGCUUGAUAUAGGAGCUGAAGGCAACGAAAAAGUAACAUUAACACGCAAUGGAAAGAUUAUGCAAACACAUAGUAUACCUCAUGUGAUUAAGAGUGGGAGUUGGGCCGAGCUGUGGUUACAAGUACGCGCAGGGGAGGUUCUUUUGGGGUAUCAGGGUAUACCGGAUCCUUUUUUGGAGUACAUUGAUUAUACAAAUAAAUUUCAACCUGGUUACUUAUCGUUUUCAUCGAUACAUGGUUUUCCUAUCGGUAUAUUUUUUGAUUGCCACGAAUGCCACACCGAAUUAGCCGAAGUGGAUGAUUUUAGUAAGACCUACUCGUUUGGCAUAUGGUCUGACAAAGAGAACGAUAUGUAUAGGAAUAUAACGUUUAAUCUUAGAGGUGCAGGAUUAGCUAGAAUAUUACUAACAAACCUACCUUACUCUGGGUACAAACUCGUCAUAGAGUUCAACCCGACAAAAAGCGAGAUAAAACUAAACCCAGUCUACAACGGCAUCCCCAUAGAGACCGUAACAAGAUACGCUCGUAACCUCUACACCGACCUAAAAUGGUCGACUUACUUCCUUACCUUUACGGAAUAUCAAAUGGAACUCUAUACCAAUGAAACACGCAUGUUCACUUACACCAGUGAAGCCCCGCUGGUGUUCUACUGGUUCUCGGUAGCCUCGAAAGAUGGCAGUGUGAGCUGGAGCGCGAACUGCCCGCCGCUCGACAUAGAUGGCGAGCCGCGCAACGGCGGGUGGAGCGAGUGGUCCGAUUGGGUGUGCUCGGUCACGUGCGGUGGAGGGGACGGUUAUCAAUACCGAACGUGCACGAAUCCGAGGCCAAAUAUAAAAGGAGAGAUGUGCGUGGGAGAGGCGAGCACGACGGGGAGAUGCAAUGAGUUUCCGUGUGGGGAUGUGAGUCCAACCACGUUGGAGAGAAUUAAAGGGAAGUUAAGGGGAGAGCAUUUCAGUUAUGUUGUUCAUGAGGAUACAGCGGUGAUUUUGGAGAAUAAUAGGGAGAUUGUUAAGGUUGUAAAUAGGGAAUCGCCGCAGGCGUAUUUCGAGUGGACGAAGAACGGUGUGUAUAUUGAGGAAGAACCACAUCAUUUUUAUAACCGAUUGGAUAAUUUACAGAUAAAACAUAUACGGCAUAACGACUCGGGUGUUUAUAUUUGUAUUUUAAAGAGAGUAAAUAAACAACGCGUUGUUGUAAGAGUCUUUACUGUCGCAGUGAUAAGCAAGAACUACAAUGUUGUAACUCGUGAAACAAGAAAAUAUGUCUUAAACUGUAAGGCUAACCUUUUGGGCUAUGUUUAUUCCGAUUUAAUCCUAAAACUUACAAUUAACAAUACAUUAUACAAAGAGUACGAAAUCGGUAUGCUUUUGGCUAUCAUAAACUCCUACAAUAUAGAUAGUCUGAACAAAUCUCACCAUGGUACGUGGAAAUGUGUGGUCAAUCAGCCAGAUUUGGAAAUAGAAUGGGUAACAAAUUACGUUAAAAUAAAUGUACAAAAAGCCCCCAAUUUGUUAACCAACCUCAUGGAAGAUGAAAUGACAGCCCCCUUUUUUGCCUGGCUUAAAACCGAAACUAAUGUUCUAAUAGCCCUUAUUUUUAUAAUUCUUUUUACUAUAGGUGUAACAUUGGAAGGUGCAAGAAAAAAAACCAUGGUCCACAAGGCUCUGUGGAAAUUUGGUCCCACGCAAAAGAAAAAAACGGUUGCUAUGAAAAUCCUGAAAAAGAAUUCAUACGACAGGCUGGAAGAUUUCCUUAAAAUCUCUGGCCAAUGGGCUUUUCUACAAUCCGACAAAAUUGUGCGCUUAUAUGGUAUAACAAUGAUCAACGAUAUUUCUUUUAUACUUGAAUAUUUUCCCUAUGGGCCUUUGGAUAUUUAUUUAAGGAAUAAUGAAAAACUUGUUACCAAAGACAACCUUAUUCAAGCUGCUACUGAUUUGGCUUCAGCUCUUUGGCACUUGGAUGAAAAACAAAUUGUCCAUGGAAAAAUAAGGUGUCGCAAACUAUUGGUAGCCAAUCACAAUGACAAAAUCCUCACUAUAAAGUUGACUGAUCCUGGGAUUCACAGUUCCUAUCCUGCAACAGAUAUACAUUGGAUCCCUGUGGAAUGUUACGGUAAUUUUGAACUUGCCAGAGAAUCUCAUGAGGCCGAUGUUUGGGCAUGUGGUACAACUUUAUGGGAAAUGUAUUCUUUUGGCGCAGAUUUGACUUUUCGUGACCACGAGGAAGCCAAAAAGAGAUACCUUAAAAAGGAAUUUCUUCCCAAACCGAUUAUGUGUCCGGAUGAAGUGUAUACCCUAAUUAAAGAGUGCUGGGAAGUGGACCAUCACCGCAGAAAAAAACCGCAAGCAAUUAUGGUUUGCAACAACGCUCCUGAGUACGCCCAGCCGACUUCACUUCCGUUGCUGCGUAUUUCCGCUAGCAAUUCAACGCAAUCCUUGAUUUCCGGAGUGACGGAAUCCACUAAUGUCUACGGAGGUUCGCUUUUGAGUAACGAAGAUAACUGUUAUGGUUUGUCUUACGGCGAAGAUAAGGAUAUCAACAAUUUUGUGGACCCAAAACCUGGAGCUUUUAAUUAUUUUGAUAAUAUGAAUAAAUUUGAAGCACAAGAAGGUAUAAGGAUAGAUGAAGAAUGUUAUGUUGUACCUCUAAACAAAAUCGGACAAGGCAACUACGGAGAAGUUUACAGGGGCAAAGUGUCUUACCACAAUGAUGCAAAAGAAUCUCGAAUAGUUGCACUAAAAAAACUCAAAAGGGAGGAUGAGGACACUUUGUUAGAUUUUGAAAGGGAAAUACAAAUCAUGCAGGGUAUGGAAUACUUGGGAAGGAAAAAAAUAGUGCAUCGCGACCUCGCUGCCCGAAACAUCUUGAUUGACGAAAGGGAUCGCGCGAAAAUCUCGGACUUUGGGCUUGCGCAGGUUCUGGACGACAGCGGCUACUACCUUUUAAAAUCCGUACGGGGGAUACCAUACAAAUGGUACGCUUUGGAGUGUCUCACUAAACAGAAAUUUUCCACCAGUUCGGACGUUUGGUCGUUUGGUGUUACGGUUUGGGAGAUUUUCAGCGAUGGAGAGGAACCGGAUCUGCUCAACAAGGACGAGUCUCACCAAGACGUCCAGGUUCAGUUUAUACAUAAACUGCAACAAGGAUUAAACUACCCUGCCCCAUUAAACUGUAAGCUGCAAAAAGUAUACACCCUUCUCAUACUGCCCUGUUGGAACAGAGACCCGCAUGAUCGUCCCACGUUCAGUGAGUUAAUGAAAACCACGGAAGACAUUCUUAGAGACAUCUAAAAUAGGUCAGUUUUGUCCCCUCCCUCUUAGAUUUCAGACUGAUUUUUGUACAAUUUUAUAUUUCUUUGAGCACCUACAUAUAACAAUCAAUUAAUUGUAGUUAAGUAGAUUGAGGAUUCCCUCAAUCAUUUUUAUUAGACUGAUUAUGCUGGUCAACGAAUUUAAACCUUUCUGCUAUGUUUAUAACAAAAAAAAUUUAUUUUUUUAAUGGCAUUUUUCAUGUUGGCCAGUGUUGUUUACUGAUACCCGGUUUUGUGGGAUUUCUUUGCCAUACAGUCGUUUUUUUGUCUUGUGCAUGACUGUAUACAAUUGUAAAUUUUUAAAUAUGAAAACAUGAACUGGAAAUAUUUGUGCCUUAUGAUGUAACUUGUGAACGAAUAUUAUAUGAUUGUUAAAAUUGUCAGUAAGAUGAGAAAUUGUUGAAAAAUUGAAAAUUGUUGAAAAAUUGGAAAAUUUAAAUACCUACUUGGAUUUUUAAACCAUUGAUAAGUUCAGGGUGGGUCAAAAUUCAUUGUUAAUCGUCAAUUAUUAUAAUGUUACACCCUGUAUAAUGUUGUUGGCCUAUGUUUUUUUUAUGUGUGUUUUUUGCUUUGUGUAUUGUAACAAACGCCUUCUCCAAGGUGUCUUGAAUAUGGUGCAACAACCUAUUUUUUGUAUAACAAAAAUGCAUUAUUUUUCUUAUUAGAAUUUUUUAUUUGAUUUGUUUUCUGAACAACUACUGGAAAAAAUUUGAUUCUUAAUCUCAAAAUUUACAGUGUUGGCAAAUGCUUAAUAAAGAAAAAUAAAUACAGUGUCAUGCAUGCAUGUGAUGUUGUGGCACCAUUUUCAUACAUCCUGUAUUUAAAAUUAAAUAAAAUAUAUUUGGGAUAAUCUAUGUUAGCAUAUUUAACAUACUUUUUAUUAUUUUAGAAGACGUAAAUACAUAUAUUUUUUUAAUUCUCUUUGGGAAUAAGUGCAAUUUUACUUUUUUCUAUUGUAUGAUUUAAAUAUUUGGUACCUGUAUACUUGAUGCACAUUUAAUUGCUCAACGUUUGAACAUCUUUGUGCCAUUGUCUGUAUAUAAUAUAUUACUAUGCUUUAAAACAA